CACUACAAUACCCAGAAUGCUUAGCGGUGAGGUGGAACGGGAAGUCGUUAAAUUUUGCUAGCGUCACUUUCGCCAAAAACAUUGGUGCAGUGAAGUCUCGUAAAAGAAUUUAUAAAUGGCGUGUCCUGUAAUGCACAACGCCUCAGCAGAGCUGAACCCAGCUCUUCUCUCCCUGAAGUGGCUGCUGGGUUCCUGGGAGAGCGACGAGCCCGGAGAAGGCACCUUUCCGUCCAUCAAACCUUUCCGAUACACCGAGAAACUCCACUUCAGCCACGUGGGGCAGCCGGUCAUCAACUUCAUGUUCAACGCCUUCAAUGCCGAAUCCAACAAGCCUCUUCACAGAGAAUGUGGUUUUAUCCGAAUGCAGCCCGGCACCAACAGAGUGGCUUUCAUCAUUGCACAAAACUCAGGUUUGGUGGAGAUCGAGGAGGGAGAGCUCACAGGGCAGCAGCUGAAGCUCCAGAGCAAACAGGUUGCCAGAAUCUCUUUUGCCAAAGAGCCGCACGUUCAGGAGAUUUGUCGUGUGUUCAAGCUGCAAUCAGAUGGGAGGCUGGAACAGACAGUUUCCAUGGCAACAGACAACCAGCCGCUGACUCAACACUUGCACAUCACCUACCGUCGGGCUUCCUGAGCCAACAAACCGUCGCACCUCUCAUGCAAAGUUAUCCUUAGUCUGGAAAAGACGAGCUUGACGAUAAAUAUUAUAAGUAAAGGAUCUGGAACAUUAAUAUAUUAGCAAUACCAUGAAAUACUUUGAAUGUACACUGUCAUAUUUUUCUCUGGGUAGCUAGUAGAAAAAAUAUUGCACUGUUUGUUGCUGUUUUUUUAAUGGUAAAAAGUAUUUGUUCAUGUUUUGCUUUUUUCAGUUAAGGCGGUGGUGUUUUGUUGUAUAAAAAAGGGAUUUUGUUUUUCAAUAUACUAACUAAAAACGUUCAGUGUUAUUUGUGAGUUGCUGAACAUGUUUACAAUUUGUUCCAUUGAUUUUUUUUUUUUGUUAAUUUUCUAAAAAUGUUAUUGAAUCUUUGUUUGUCUCAAGAAAGUAUCUUAACAGAAGAACUGACUUUUUUUUAAUUAUUUUCUGUAUUCUUUUACAAAUUGACAAUAAAUGAAAUAACCACAAUUUCACAGAAAUUUUGACUU